CUCGUCCCGCCUUUUCGUGUUUCCCGCACCGUCAAUCAAAAUAGAAAAAAAAAUCGACCCGAUUUUCGGCGAUCAACGCUAGCCCCUUAGCCUUUGAUAAAAAUAAUGAUGUUCGGAGCCUAGCCGGCCCUGCCCCCGUCCCCCCCGGUCCCGCCGAGCCCGCUCUGCGCGGCUGAGCGUCGGUCGAGCAUCGUCGUGGUGAGUGUUUCGUCUCUUUGUCGGUAGCUCUGCUGCUAACCAGCUCGACAUGGGGAGCUAACCGCGCUAGCCUCGGAGUUCACAAAGUAAACAGUGUUUCUGGGCUCAAACCCCGCUGCUCCAGCCACCCCCACCCCCCCAGAGCCCGGUCCGACCCCGGGGUCCGGUCACCACCAGCCCCGCAGCCCCCGCUCCUCCCGGCCGGAGAGAGUGGGAUGUUUUGCGGGCUUUUCUGGGCGGCAGGAGUAGACUACAGCAGAGUUUGGCCGAGUUUCCCCCCCUCUCCCCGCUAACAAGGAGAAAUGGCGUCGGCGGACGUGGACAGCAGCCAGAGCGAGUUCCUGCAGGCCGGGGCGGACACGCAGUAUUCGCUGUAUUCCCAGACGACAGACAUGUCAGCCAUUCAGUUGACGGGUUCAGACCGAUGGGAAGUGUUGACUCCCGUCUCGGCUUCAAAGGAAGACCACGGAGCCGUCCACAUUCCAAACUCUGGGAUCGUCACGUCCAACGGGCAGUACGUGCUUCCAAUUGGGGGUCUUCCCAAUCAGCCCAUUUAUGUUACAGCAUCUGGGAGCGAGGGUGCAGCGAACGGAGUGUCAGGCAUUCAAUAUCAGGUUAUCCCCCAAAUACAAAAUGCAGAUGGUACAAUUGCAGGAUUCCCAACACAAGGAUUGGAUGAUGGUACAGGGCAAAUUCAGCUCCUCCAGGAUGGAAGUCAAGGCAGCAUAGGAAUUAGCUGUGCCACAUCAGCAACUACAGACCUCCUGACACAGGCGGGUCAAGUUCAGUCAAUCCAAUUGGCUGGGGGCACAGCCUACACCGGCAACGUAGGGCUUCCCGGCAACAUAACAUUCGUCCCUAUUAACAGUGUGGAUCUGGAGUCGCUAGGGCUCACGGGGGCUCAGACUGUCCCCAUCGCGACGGGGGUAACGCCCGAGGGCCAGUUGAUCAUGAGCGGCCAGACGCUGGAGAGUCAGGGCCAGGACGGCGCCAAACAGUCGAUGGUGACGGUGAGUGACCCCAGUGCCAACCACGAGCUCUACGUGCCAACCACAACCACUUCCUCCUCCGGCUCCUCUCAGCUCCCCGAGACGAUCGAUGGCACUGGGGUUCUCACCCAGGCCACGGCCGUGUCUGCAGGCGUGACCGAUCACUCGUCAGAGAACUACAACUCCCAUAACCACCUGCAGCAAAUCCAGGUAUCCUCUGCCAAUGCUACCACUAUCUCCCAGCCCAUCCUGCAGCUGUCUGGAGACACUCAGGCCCAGGUCCAGGAUCUGACUGCAGGAGGUCAGACCAUGCAGAGCGUGCAGCUAGUGAACCCAGGGACGUUCCUGAUCCAGGCCCAGACUGUCACAGCUACUGGACAGAUCCAGUGGCAGACCUUCCAGGUUCAGGGGGUCCAGUCACUCCAGGGGCUCCAGUUGCCCCAGGGACAAGGUCAAGCCCAGCAGUUGACUCUCGCUCCGGUCCAGACGCUUCCGUUAACCCAAACGGGCCAGGUCAGCCUACCCAACCUUCAGACGGUGACGGUCAACUCCACGACGCAGUCUGGAAUUCACUACGUACAUGGAGAUGAUGCAAGCAGUCCAGCUGUCUUCUCCCUGUCUGGUUGCUUCUCUCCUGGUCCAGGUAUCCAGAUAAAGGAGGAACCAGAUUCGGAGGAAUGGCAGCUGGGUGGAGACUCCACGCUGAACCCCAGCGACCUGAACAACCUGCGCGUUCAGAUGGUUGACGAAGACAUGGAGACGCAGGGCGGGGAGGGCAAGAGGCUCCGCAGAGUAGCUUGCACCUGCCCCAACUGCAAAGAGUCCGGAGGAAGAGGCUCGGGCAUGGGGAAGAAGAAGCAGCAUAUCUGCCACAUCGUCGGCUGUGGGAAGGUCUACGGGAAGACGUCUCAUCUGCGAGCUCACCUGCGCUGGCACAGUGGGGAGAGACCCUUCGUCUGUAACUGGAUGUACUGCGGGAAGAGGUUCACCAGGAGUGACGAGCUGCAGCGGCACCGGCGGACGCAUACAGGAGAGAAGAAGUUUGUGUGCAUGGAGUGCUCCAAGAGGUUCAUGCGGAGCGACCACCUGGCCAAGCACAUAAAGACUCACCAGAACAAAAAGGGUGGGGUUCCCUCAUCCACGUCUCCGCCCACCACGGACACCGUCAUCACUACAGACGGAACCACGCUCAUCCUCCAGACCACCGCCGCCACUGCCCAUGACCUCGUAGCCAAUCAGGAGAUCCCUCUGCAACUGGUCACCGUGGCGCCCGGUGAGGUGUUGGAAUGAGGGAGGCGGAGGGGGGGAUGUGGGGUGAAUGGGUGAGGUGGCUUUUCUGAGAAGUGGCCAAUCACAGGGACCUCUUGGGCUUUUUCUUCCCCUCUUACCGUCUUCUUUUUUUUUUUAAUAUGGAUAUAUACGUAAAUAUAUAUGACAAAUAUAUAUAUAUAUAUUUUAAGUGAGAGUUAUCUUGACUUUGUUUUUUGCAGUCUUUUUAUAGGGGGGCAAAGAAAUAACAUUAAAUUGUGGUUGCUAUGUAAACAAGCGUAAACACAAAGAAAAAAAAUUAACACUCAAAAAACACGACAUGAAUACUCGAAACGAUGAAAUGCCUUAUUUUGUAUGAUACUCUUGUAUAAGAUGCUGGAGGUGCAUGUGUUUUUUUUUGUUUUUUUUGGUUCUUUUUUUAAGCUUUGCAGAUGUAACUGUAAUGGAGAUAAAUGUGUUUUGCGACAGAGAGAAGAACCUUACGGGGACUGUGUUUUAAUCACAUGCAGGUUCUGACUAAACCGAGCUCUGUUUGAAGCCGCGCAGCACCAAGCCGCCAUCAACCCGUUGCAAACGCUGUUUUAAAUGAACGGACGUAAUCGUUUUUAAAGGAAUCCGUCAACAUUUCAGUUGACAAAGCAGCUUCUUGGCUUAAGUUUACCCAAAACACGGGGGAUAAAGACUGAGAUCAAGAUCUGUCGACACCUCAAGGGUAUAUUAGUCGACGUGUCCCGUCUUUGUACACAGGUUCGAGACAGAAACCGCUUCUUAGAGCUCAAAACCUAAAAGCCGAGAGAGUCAAGCUCGGUCCCUCCUGCUAUAAGUAGUAAACAGUGACCUCACGUAGAGACAUAACUUGAGACAAGAAGGUAAAUAUAUUUUACACUUUUCCCUUUUUAAUACACGGUAGUUUCACGUCAUUGUUGACACUUUGAUGGGCCAUUGAAUCCAUGCUGCACCGCUGCAAGCAGAGCGCAGGUCAAGCUGGUGGUCAGAGGAGGGCGACAGUGCUGCUGUUAACGGUUUCCACCUCAGUGAGGACGGAGAUGAGAAAGAAAAAAAAUACAGAUGCAAGCCGCUCUGACGAAGGGCAACUUCUUCCAGCAUCUGGUCAGGCUGCACAGAUUGUCCCAUCUAUCCUCACGAGCACCGUCCGCUGUGCUUCUUCACAUAUUUAAAAAAAAAAAAAAAAAAAAUGAAACAAAAAAAAAACUCUUUUACAUGUUUUUGUUGGGAAUUCACCUUGUUUUUACAUGUUUUUUUUGGGAAUUCACCUUGUAUCUGUUUUUCUUUUUGAUGUCUUGCUACCAAUCUGGGUGUCAUGUAAACCAGAGCCACGCUGAUGGUGGCUCUUUCAGUUUUGAAGUUUUCAGCGAUCGUUCCUGAGAUCCUGCAGAACCGUCGUCCCGUCGGCUGCAGGAGCCGCGCGGCGGAAAUGGAUGCAGCGAGCCGGCAGCUGAAGGCGUCAUCCAACAUUCCAGUUGGACAGCAAACUAUGUGGGACUGGUUUUGCAAUAACGGCUCUGAUGAUGUCACUCAAAAGGAAAACAAUCAUGCCAUUGUUUUUUGUCGUUUGUUUUGUUUUAAUUAAUGUAACCCUUUUCCUUGGUAUGUCAUGUUUGUAGCAUUCAUUUACAUGUAUAUUAUCUUAUUUUCACAUUGUUUAUAGAAGCCAUUACUUAGUUAUCUGAAUUUGUUGUAUCGAAACCUUUUAUUUUAAGUGAUUUUCUUUUUUUUUUUUUUAAGAAUUGAUGUAAAAAUUGAAUGUUACCUUUUUGUAAAACCUUUUUUCAAAUGGAUCACAAUAAAAGUCUUGAAACCUUCCAGAGGGUGAAAGCACGAA